GCCCUUGAACAGCUUGGUGCUUUUCGAGGAGGCCGGACGCGCUCACGUUGGAAAAUGGAAAUUUGAAAAUAAAGUGUUGGAAAUUUGAAAAAACGUGUUGCAAAUGGGGCCCUGAAUGUUUUUAAGGACGAGCCUCAGGAGCAACCAGUCCACGCCCACCCACUCCGCCUUGAACAAGAACAACGCGUCCUCCAGUGGAGGGACCACCUCCUCGACUAGCACCAAGCUGUUCAAGGGCAGGAACAAGACAAGCUCCGUGCCUAUCUACUGGAGCCAGCCUGGCUAUAAGUAUCGCCCUCCACCGCGUCUCGAUCGCGGAUCGGUCGAAACGCAGCAGGCCUUCGAGAAACACUUCACCAAGGAGUUGAAUAUCUACAGUCGCGUAUGCAUCGUCAAUCUGGUGGAGCAGAGCGGAAAGGAGAAGCUAAUUGGAGAUGCCUAUGCCGAUCAUGUGAUUAAGUACAACAAUGAAAAGACUUUCGAUUUUCAUGAUUACUGCCGCGGUAUCCGCGUCGAAGAGCGGUCAUUGCAGAGAAUGCGUUUAUUCUGGCAUUAGACGGAGACAUCGACUUCCAGCCCAGGGCUGAUUGACCGGAUGAAGACGGUGGAGGAGCUUAGCGCCGAAAUCUCAUGCAAAAUAGCUUCAUGGAUGCGUAGUGAUCCUCCGAAUCUCAAAACAAAAACUAUGGGCAUAUUUCU